CAUCUCCUUGGAGGUGGAGGUUUUCAUGGGUGCAGAGGAGAUUCACUUUGAUGCUGAAUCUGAUGACAUCGAUGCGGACUCGGAAUCGAGCCACAGAAUAAUUUGCCACAGAUUCCUCUGCAUAGUGGAUGCACUACCACAGACCACGUGAGAGGAAUAUUCAGUGACGGUCCCCGACAGAUCGGUUCAUCUUUGCUGGCGCUCCUCUGCCGCUGACAUGGACUCCUGGACACUGUGUUUUCUCAACAUCUCCCGAACGGACGCGGAGGGAGGGCGAGACUCUGAAAUCUGAAUGUAACCUCUGAUCUGUUUUAUGUUCCUUUUCUGUUCUUUUUGUUUUAUUUCUUCUUCUUUUUUUCUUCUUCCUCUUCUUCUCCACAAGUCAAACAGUUUCAGGAGGAGGUAUGGCUUGGCCGUGCAUCAGCAGAGUGUGCUGCCUGGCUCGCUUCUGGAACCAGUUCGACAAGUCGGACCUCUCCGUCCCGCUCACCAUCCAGAACUACUCGGAUAUCGCCGAGCAGGAGGUGCGGUCCGUCACCAAACAGGUCUCCGUCUCGGAGCGCACACCCGGGAAUAACUACUCGAUCCCGGAGCCGCGUGCCGCCGGCUCCCCCCAGGCGCCCACAGAUGGCCCGGGGACAAGAGCAUCUUUCAGGGCACGUAAGGAGCCCAGUUAUAAGCCCCGGGAGGACUACCACCCGCCCGGAGUGCCUUUCCCCAGCGUUACCCAAUACAAGCAGGAUUUCAAGCCCUGGCCCAUUCCCAGGAAGGAGAAUUUCCCUUGGAUUAGUAACGGGGGCAGCAGGGCAGACAGCGUUUCGGACAGCCCGGUGAACAGUUACCACAGCCAGGCACAACCCGGGGGAGACCGGGGGGAGAGAGAGGAGCGGGUCAGGGGGCAGAGAUGGGGGGAGCAGCAGGAUGCGGAGGAGAGAAAAACCAGCUCCUACAGGCAAGAGUACAGGCCAUGGACAGGGGUGAGACCAGCCAAAAGUGCGAGGAGAAACCCUCCAGCUCAAUACUCCAGCCCAGGAACAGAGGUCACCCAUGUCUCCUGUGAGACCAGCUACCAAGCUGCCUACAGAGGAGAGACUCAAAGGUCCAUAGGGCUCCAUCAGGGGGAGCAUAUCAUCCUGUCUGCCAGCGCCAAUGUACAACCUGCUGCUGUUCCCCAGCCCAUCCCCGCUGCCCUGCAGGUCGGCAGUUCACCAAGUCCCUCCAGCCUCCAGCAGACCGUCCCACCUGAGAGGACCGAGCUCAGUGGAAUGAUCAAGGGAGAGGAACACCUGGUGAGGACCAAGCUCCCUCCGAACCCUUCUGCUGUCUUUCAAAGUGGAUCCAGGGUCUUCAACAUCUGACAGCCGCUCCAGUUUUCGACCAUUCCACAUUGAUCGGUUUCAGUUUUAAGGAAUCAACAGGGGAAUGAUUUCAGCCCAUUCCACAACACAAGAAUCUAUGCAAGGGAAUGCAUUGUUGUAAAGCCUGAAGGGCUGCAUCGUCAGGAUCCCAAGCAGAGACAGACAGAAAGACCUUACCCCCCACCCCCCCCCCCCAACCCCAUCCUUCCUGCCCCUAUUGCUAUGGAGAUGAAUAUGCAUGAAACAAAAUAGUUUUUAAGCUUUUUUUGGCUUAUGCAGUUAUAGAUGCACAACAAACUGGCUGCUCAGUGUGUAAGUAUGUGUGAGUCUGGUGUACACCCGCUGACUUGUCCUUUUAUUGUACAUAAUGCUGAGUCUGCUCCAAUAAUGAAUGACAGGGUUGAUCAAUCAAGUGUGUAUGCUUAUGAGUAUUGUGUUGCUCCCUUGGUGUUGCAAGAAAAUCUGCUUGAAAAUGUGUUAUUUCCUCCGUAUUCAGUUAGUUUGCUAUUUUGAGAAAGUAUUGUUUGGUCUAUUAUUUUGUAAAUCUAUUAUUUAAGAAAAAGAGCAAAUAUAUAAUAUGUAAGUGAAAUUACAAUAAAAGACUAUUAGGUUCUUAGAAUUUUCUUUCCAUCAGCUAUGUUUUUUUUUCUGGGCAUUAUUAGUCAUUCAGAGGAUUGUAUGAAUAGAGGAUUAAUUGUAAUCAGCAUCUAUUAUACCAAAGGUCAGUGAUGUGAAGAUAGAUGUUUAAAAAAAAAACAAAAAAACUGAAUUGUUAUGCUAUUUUUCUUUUAUUAAAAAAUUAGAGCUGUUAAGCGACUUUACAAGUGUAACUGGGGCAAUAGCAGGAUACUUGUGUUCUCUUGGCUGGCUUGUUCUCUAUAUAUGUGCAUCAACACUGCUUACCUUGGUACUGAUGGCAAAUUAUGCAGGUUGUUUUGAUUUUAUUUGGUCAUGUUUGAGAUUUCUGCCUUAAAAACAGUGAAGGUGAAAGGAAUUUUGUUUGUGGUGCUUACAGUAUUGAGUUUCUAAGAAGAAAGUAAUUUUGGUAAAUACGUCUACUUGCUUUCUUUCAGGGAGUUAGAUGAG